AUGGUAGCUUGGGCAGCUUUAGGCGCAAUGGGAACAAAAGCAUUAGCAUUUGGAGCAAAAGCACUUGGAGCUUAUGACGCAGUAAAUAAAAUGAGUGGAGGAAGGGUUUCGAAGACAUUAGAUGCAAAUAAAGGAAAGAUUGGAGGCUGGGUUGCAAAGAAGUUAAGAUUAAAUAAAAUAGGGCUCAUAAAUAAAGCAUCCAAUUUGGUUGCGACUGAGUCAGAAAAUGCUUUAGGAAAGGACGAUGAGUUUGCAAAACACGCAAAAGACUUUAAUGACCAGAUGAAAGGUGAAACAAUGCAUUUAAAUAGAGUCGAUGGAACUAAAGAAAAUGUUUCUUCUCCACCAGUAGUUUAUCCAUACGGACCUUAUGGAAUGUAUGGAAACCCUUACGAAAGACCAUUUGACCCAUUGACU